AUGGCUGUCACGCAGUUCAAACUCCCAGAUUUCUGGUCCAAUGAUCUCGAGCUAUGGUUCAUCCACAUCGAAGCCCUGUUCUCCACAAGAAACAUCAGAAGUGACGCAACGAUAUACGGAGCCGUGGUUGCUGCCCUAGGUUCUGAUGUCCUGAAGGAGAUGUCCGACAUCCUCAGAGCACCACCGCCUGCAGAUAAGUACCAAAAUCUUAAGGCCAUGCUCCUCAAGCGUUUCACCGACUCAGUUGAUCGCCAGCUAUACAAACUCUUGACAGAAAUGCAGCUAGGCAUGAAGAAACCAAGUCAACUCCUCAAAGAGAUGGGAACUCUUGCUGGGAUGAAAGCUAGUGAAGAGCUUCUUCGCAGCAGGUGGCUGGCCCUAUUACCUGUCAUGGUGGCCAAUAUUCUCAAGACUGUCGCAAACAAUUCCACUCUCGAUCAGCUUGCUGAGGCAGCCGACAGCGUCAUGGAGAAUCACACCAGUUCCCAGGUCCUGUCAACAAGCUUCCAGUCCAUGGCUCUCAACAAUCAGCCCAUGGCACCCAGUGUUCAGCAGUCCAUGCCUUUCAACACACAGGCCUUCGCAUCCUCCACCCAGCCCAUGCUCGCUCAGGGUCAGGUCAUGGCAGCCAGUCACACUCCCUAUCAGAGACAGGCCAGCAACAUCACGGUCGAACAGAGGUUGAGUGAGCUUGAGAGGACGGUAGCAAAUCUAGCAGCAUCAAUCAGCAGCCUGACUGCUAAAUUAGCAGGUGGAAGACCACGAUCUCGAUCACGAUCCCGAACUCCAGAACCACCAGACCACUGCUUCUAUCAUCAGAGAUUCGGUGCCAGGGCCGUCAAGUGCCUCCAGCCUUUCCAGACGAUUGGCGGCAGCGCUCAAGUCAUUCCGUCCAUCAAAGAGGAGCGUCUUCACGUUUACGAUAGGUCUUCACACACCAGAUUCCUCGUCGACUCUGGCUCCGUCGUAUCAGUGCUACCACGAGCCUUAGUCAAACAAAAACUACAACCAUCAGACUUCAAACUCUUUGCUGCCAACUCUACCAGUAUUGCAACUUACGGACUUCAGCCGAUUACACUCAACCUUGGUCUUCGUGAAGCAUUUUUCUGGCCUUUCAUCGUUGCGGAUGUACAGUCUGCAAUCAUAGGGACUGAUUUUAUUGUUCACUUUGGGUUGAUGAUAGACAUAAAAAAGUAUCGCCUUAUCGAUCCUCUCACAUCCCUAUCACCAACUGGAGAACUUGUUGAAACCUCAGAUUUCGGCAUCUCAACAAUGGAUCAGCACUCAUUCUCCAACUCCGUUCAUGAGGGUAAGUACUCCGACAUCACCAAACCAGCUGUCUCUGCAGCCUCUCACAACCCGGCAGGUGUGGCACACUACAUCGUCACCACAGGACCUCCGGUUGUCGAUCGAUUUCGCAAACUAGCUGGUGAGAAACUCAAAGUUGCAAGGGACGACAUCAACAUGCUGCUAGAGCUUGGUGUUAUACGACCGUCUAGUAGUCAAUGGGCUAGUCCCAUCCACAUGGUGGAAAAAAAGCUCGGAGGCUGGCGCACCACCGGUGAUUUCCGGCGACUCAACGCACAGACAGUCCCGGAUCGCUACCCAGUACCUUAUCCUGAGGAUAUUUUCCAGCACCUGCACGGUAAGAAAAUAUUCUCGACCAUCGAUCUGGUACGCGCCUACCACCAAAUCGAAUUUCUGGGAAUGCCUCCUGGACUCCGCAACGCAUCUCGGACAUUCCAACGGCACAUGGACAACAUCUUGAGAGGUCUGGACUUCGUUGGCUGUUACAUAGAUGACCUCAUUGUGGCUUCUGAAACCCAUGAGGAGCAUCUCCAGCACCUCCAGCAAGUCUUCUCCAUUUUACGUCAGCACAAGCUAUCGCUGAACACCAGCAAGUGGGAGUUUGGAAAAGAGGAAGUGACCUACCUGGGCUACACGAUCAACAAGGAUGGAUACAAAGCUCCUAGCUCACGUGUGGAGGCAAUCAUCUCCUUCCCCAGGCCAGAGACUGUCACUGACCUUCGCCGAUUUCUUGGAAUGGUCAAUUACUACCGCAAGAGCAUUCCUCACGCUGCUGAGUCCCAAGCAUCGCUUAAUGGCUUCAUCACUCACUCCAAAAAAACGACAAAUCUAAGAUCGAGUGGACCCCUGACACCGAAGAAGCUUUGGAGGCCUGCAAGCAGAGUCUAG